CCCCCGCCGCACUGGAAUGAUCCGUCCUGGGAGUUCCCUCCGAGACCUCCCCUCGAGACUCCGGGCGUCGACGAUGUGAGAGGGAAAACAAGCGGCAGUCGAGCAUCACAUUUCCGCUGAUUUAAAGGAGAGAGAGAAAGAAAAAGAAAGAAAAAAAAGAGUGGGGGGAUCAACUGCAGCUGCAGGCGCGUCUUCUCUCCCUGCAGGAUCCGUGCGCAACAGGACAAGAACGCUCCCAUCGCGGCGCGCGUAUCCGUCCAUCGCUGGGGUUAAGGAGCGGCUGCAAAAAGUGUGGAAAAGUUUCCAGUUGUGAAAGAGGACGCAGAGAGGCUCCCAGAGACGGCAGGAUGGAGGCUUUGCUCCCCGUGCUGAAGAGCCACCCGGGCCCCUCGGUCCUGGUGUGCUCCCUGCUCUUCAGGGUGGCGCACCAGCUGCUGCAGAGGCUGCCGGUGCCCAGGCUGGUGGAGCAGGACGCCUUCCGCCUCUGGAAGUGGAGGAACCUCUCCGUGUCCAUGGUGCACUCGCUGCUGACCGGGGCCUGGGCCCUGACCUGUGUGGUGGUUUGGCCAGAGACGCUGAGCAACAUCCACUCGUACCACACGUCGCUGUCCUACCUGCUUGUCUGCGUCUCCACAGGAUACUUUGUGCAAGAUGCCGGUGAUAUAAUCCUGACGGGGCACGCGAGAGGAUCAUGGGAAUUCCUACUCCACCACGCGUUGGUGGUCUGCAGUUUCCUGUACGCCCUGUACACUCAGCUGUACGUAGCCGGUGCUGUGGUCGCCCUCUUCGUGGAGGUCAACAGCGUCACCCUGCACAUGAGGCUGAUGCUGAAGCUGGCGGGCGCUCAGUCGUCCCCCAUGUACCACAUCAACAAGCUGGCCAACCUCUUCACCUACAUCGUGUUUCGUCUGAGCACUCAGUUCUACCUCACCUAUUACAUCACCAACAACUACUCCUGGCUGGACCACGGCGGGUACUUUCUCAUCACCAUGAUCGCCAUGAACGUGAUGAUCCUUAUUUAUUUCUACCGUUUGCUCCGUGCCGACUUCUUCCCCCGGAGUAAGAUCUUCGCGGGACAGAAUGGGACGUAUAACAACAAUUCCAAGAGGUUUCUCAGUGAAUGACAGUAGAAUUUGCUCACAGGACUGUAUUUAUACUUUUUAUUUAAGGUGGGAGUUUACAUAUUUUGUCUUUUUCCAGAUCAUAACUAACAUCAUUCCUACAGACAACAGAUCCUGUUGUUGCAUCUCACUGCCAAAAAAACGACUGCCCUAAAAGUACUUUGUGGAACAACAUUCAGCCAUGUCAGAAACUACUUUUCUUACUGCUAAAUAUGUCACCAUUUCAACUAACGAGUUAAUUCUCAAUGAAACUUACUACAUUUAAAACAGUUUAAUAUAGAACUUUUUAGAUAUUUGAUAGUGAUUUUCAGUAUCACAACAUUAAAAGAUUGUCAUGAAAUGUAUUUAGUAUGCUUCCUGAGGACAGGAUCACAUAAUAUCCGAUUUACCGUAAGGCCGAAGGUAGAACUGGCUUUGAAGCUACAAUGUACUUUUGAAACAUCCACAGAAUGAGACUGUGGACUGUGGACAGUUUGCAUAUAAUCAGCAGGUGUAGAGAUUAUUGCCUUUUUACAUCGUCAGUUGAAGUUGGAUCUGAAGUCAAUGGAGAAAACAGGCCGUUUGAGAUAAACUCACUAAAUGGCUAUUACAGGACUUUUUAUAUGACUCCCAAAUUAAAUGUAGAGGAAAAUGUGAAUUACAGUAUAUCGUGUAUACCUAAUUUAAGGUUCAGGAUUGCAGUGGUAAUAGUUUAACACUUUGGGAAAUCAAUGUAUUUGUGUUAAUCCUAAAUGUCAUCAAAUUUACAUAAUUUGACUUGUGAAAUAGUUAUUGCAAUGUGAGUGGUGUUAAUGACUUUUGUUAGCUUUGGCUUUGUACAGGAGAGGGUUGGUGUUAAAGUAUUUCUCCUAAACGUCAGUAGUAGUGUUUUACCGUUCCAUGGUAUGGUACAACUAGGUUCUUCUGCUUUUCCCACACCAAGUAAUUCUACAUAACUGAUAAAUGGCACUCUUUUUUUGGUACUAAUUCGGUCGAUAUGAAUCAAAACUUAACAGUAACAUAUACACCGAGGACAAGUUUGAUCAAAAAUCACAGAAUAUGAAAGAUCAUUUUUUUUAAAGACAAGAAAAGCUACCAGUAGCAGCUGUUUCAUUUUUCUAAGGAUGUUUCUUGAAACAGUAACGUAAAUCCAUGAACACACAUUUGUCUUCUUGCUAUGGUAAACAAUCACGUUGAGACUGAAGAAAAGCAUUCCUCCUGUAGCGUCUGUGUUUUGUUGUUUAUGUUGCAUCUAUGUCGACGUGGCACUACUUGUAGAGGAAACCGAGAUGCCUAUUACCUGUACUUGGCUGUGUCAAGCUGUACUAUGAGAAACUUUGUUAUGGUAAAACAACAUUCCAAGUGAACUGGAAAACUAUGGCUUUAGGUUAUAGACAUGAGGCGUGGCAAUGAUUUUAUUUAACCCGCAACAUUUUUCUGUUGCUUUAAAAAGGAAGUCAAGCUUCAAUAACCCAUAGGUUAGGAAAUAUUUUACUUUCAUGUCCUAGCAGUUAAGCAACAACCACAAAAAUUGCCCACAAAGGAAAUAGGAAGUGAUGCCCUGUUAGCUCUGUUCAAUGGUAUAAACCACAAACUGACAGACAACAUUAGGCAUGUUAAAUAUGAGAUAGCCUACAGAGAAUGCUCUGGCAACUGCAGCUCCUCGUCUCUGCCUACAUGGAGCUGCUUACUCACUUUAACAGCUACCUUUUAUUAACCUUUGCAGUUAUCAGACUUGAGAGGUGGUCUAACUAUUGACAGUAUAUUUUUAGUUUGUCAUUGUUGAAAAUGGUUUAAUUGUGCAAAUCAUAUAGUGAUGAUUUGUGAGGUUAUUUCAUUUAUCUAAAUUAACUGUUAAAAUUUGACCAGGAUUUCGUUUUCUGCAACCUUAUGAGGCGUGUUUUUAUAAGAGACUAUUAAAUAUGAACAAAACCUUCCUCCCAAUAAUAAUUUCCUGUACUGAUGCACCAGGAUGUUCUGAGCUUUCACUGAUGACACUCACCUAAUCCAGACAACUGCAGGUGUUUUAGUUGGUUAGUUAGUUUAAAAGAGCAUGAAAUUUGUUUAAUAAUACUAGAACUAAUUUUUUUCACAUUUGUACCUCUCAAGGUUUUUCAUCCUAAUAUAAAUGAUUUGACCAUAUGAAUUAAUUCUCACUUCAGUCUCCCUGGGAUAAAAGUUGUUAACCCUGAUGUACCAAUCCAGCUAGCAGCUAUUACCUUAGCUAGCAAAUACACUGUAGCUACUUUUGUACAAAAGAAAGAACAAUUGACCCUUUUUCACAGAAGAGAUAGCUUUAUAAUAUGUUGAGUGAGCUUUGGUGGUGGGUGCAAGUGGUAGAUUUUCAUAUUAACAUUUAUGUUUCUCUUUUUUCAGUCGUGUUGGCGUUUCCUUGCUAUGUUAGCUGGUUACUCGCGUAGAAUAGCCUAAAGCUAGAAUAAUAAAGGUGUUAAAGCUAUCUUUAAAAACGUAUUUUGGCAGUGUAAAACUGUUUAGCUUGUCCAUCAAAACACAUGUAAUAAAUAUUAAAAUACAUAGAUGUGAAAUUGCAACGUUUUAUAAAAUAACCUUAGUGUACAACAUGUUUCCAUUUAUAACAUCUGCAUGGGGAUGAAUGGUUUUACCUGAGGAAUCUUAAACCUUGACCACUUUCCCCUUUUAUGUUGAAAAUCUUUGACCUGAGACUCAGAUUUUAAUAUGUAGAUACAGUACGUAUGCUUGUAUGUAGAAAUGCCCCUUUCCCCUUGUCUCUGUGAAGCCUGCUCUUAGUGGCUGAUGAGAUGCUUGACUGUGACAGAACUGGUACCAAUGGUACUCCUAAAACUACAUUACAGCAUCAUUUAUUGAGCUCUAAUGGUAAUUCUAUUAAAUCUGUUGGGAUCUGAGUCUAAUGGAGAUGUAGCUGGAUCUUUCUGCCAACCGAUAGCUGCUCAUCAGGAACUCUGAUAAAACCUUCAGGCAGCAGCACAAUCAUAAGUGGUUGGACACUGUGUUUCUUAUUUGCUUGUUUCCAAAAAAAAAGAGAAACUUUGACAAAAUUGAUACAUUUUUUAAGAUGUUGAAUCAGAUUGAGACCUGUCUCCACUUCCUGCAGUAUUCAUAAUAAUGGAUGUGUAGCAUUUUGUAAAUGUCCUCAAGUGUGUUCCCCCUUGUGUAUAUAUAUAUAUAUUUUUGAAACAUCUUGACCAUUCUUGAACUUUUCCUGAUAUUUCCUGAUAUAAGUUUUAAAGCCACUCCUAUGAAGAGAGAUUCUGAUCACAUGGGGGCAGAAUAUCGUGAGAAACAUUCACGUGUCAGCCUCUGGCAUAACAGGCAACAAAGUGCACCUCCAGUGGGAUAAAGUGGUAUUACAAGACAUGCCGGACCGUCCCUCCUCGUUAGCACAGUAUUGUGGGUGGCUGUUUUGUCAACACAGUAGUGCUAUAUAACCCCAAGUGGGCAGAAAUUGAUACAUAGGGUGGCUUUAAGGGCUGAUGAUGGCAUUGAUAAAACCUAAUUACAAGUAUAUUUCAUGUUUUAUUUCAGCCGAUGCCAAGUAAAAAUCUAAGCUGAAAACAGAGCUGACAUGGAUCUGGCCUGUUACAGUGCCUUUACCACAGUGCCUUUUGAAAAAAGAUAAUGUGUCAACACUUUUAGAUGUAUACUUGUUAAGUAUAAAAUCAUUUGAAACAAACAUUAAUUCAUUUGACUAUGCUCACAACAAUGUAAAAUAUAUAUUGUAUUAAAGUGUUUUGUAGGAGCCCCGUAUAUCAGAUCAUUGAGUGAGACCAUGAAUAAAAAAUAUUUAAAAUCA